AGGUUCACGACCUUUUCACGCCUCGCAGUUUCUCUCUGUGCUUCCGUAAUCUGUUCUUUCUUUUCUGGGCUCUUUGCGCUUUUCGUCAUCGCUUUAUUAUCGCCAUCUUUUUGUCUUGUUUUCUCCUUCCCUCAACGACUCCCACGCUUCCGCAGCCAUGACGCGCACCUGGGACAGCGUCAAGCCGUCGCAGCGCAGCCAGUUUCCGCACCCCCUGCUCGCCUUUGGCGCCAAACUGGGCCAAAUCUCCGAGGCGAACAAAGCGCAGCACGCGGCGGAGAGCAAAUCGCUCAUCUCCCUCGCCGUCGGUGACCCGGCCCUCGAUGGCAACAUCCCACCGCCGACGGAGCUGAUGGAGAAGUUGGACGCGGCGGUGCAGCAGGAGCGGGCCAACGGGUACAGCCUGAGCCACGGCUCGCUGAGUGUGCGUCAGGCCAUCGCCGAGUACUGGGCGCGCUGGUUUGCACCGUCGCUGCCGGCAGGCACGCUCUCGGCGAAUGACGUCGUCAUCUCCUGUGGCUGCUCUGACGGUCUGUCGAUGGUCUUGGGCGCCAUCGCGGCCGCCGGGGAGAGCAUUCUCCUGCCCCAGCCGUUCUUCUCGCAGUACACGAUGACCUGCAACUACUUCGGCAUCCAACCCGUUCACUACCCCUGUCUGGUGGAGAGGAACUGGGAGGUCGACCUGGAGGCGGUGCGUCGCAUCGUGGAGAACGAUCACGAGCACAAGAUUCGCGCUAUUCUCAUCAACAACCCGUCCAACCCGUGCGGCAGCAACUUCUCGCGCGCGCACACGGAGGCCAUUGUGCGCCUCUGCGCGGAGCUGCGCCUGCCCAUCGUAGCCGAUGAGAUUUACGCCGGCAUGACGUACAACAUCGACAACCCCGCAGCGGAGGUGCCUUUCACGUCUGUCGCCGACAUCGCAUGCGGCGCGACGCGCUUUGUGGUUGCAGGCGCCUCGAAGCGCUUCGGUGUGCCGGGCGAGCGCAUGGGUUGGAUUGUCCGCGUCGACCCGACAGACGCCGGCUCGGAGGUGAUGAAGGGCAUCUUGAACCUGUCCUCGCGCUACUAUAUCCCUAUGACGCCGUUGCAGGUCGCCUUGGAGGAGUGUCUGCGCACGACUGAUGAAACCUACUUCCGCCACGCGAAGCAGGUGCUGUGCGAGAACGCGCUGUAUUUGUUCAACGCUCUGUCCAAGGUUUCAGGCCUGAGCCCGAUGAAGCCGUCGGGUGGCAUGUUCAUGUGUGUCGUGCUGAAGAAGGAGGAGUUGGAGGAGACCAUGUGCGAUGGCGUGGCCUUCGCAAACGGGUUGGCGGCAGAGGAGAACGUGCACGUCUUUCCUGGGGAGGCGUUUCUUAUGCCUGGCGCGUUUCGCCUGACGCUGUCCCGCCCGCUGCCGGUGGCGGAGGCCGCUGUUGGUCGCAUCCGCGCUUUUUGCGAGCGUCACGCGCGCAAGUGA